GCUGACUAUCAGCUGUAAUGUAACCGUGUGACGUGGAGCUGCAAGUCUUACUACAACAGAAAGUGCUGCACUAAGGAAAUGUGAUGCUCUGUCAUGCCUUGGGCUUGAGAGGAGAGCGCUUUGGACGUGUGCGACUCUGAGCAACAGCGGGGCACCUCCAAACACUCCUUAACGCGAACAAUAAUGUAGAGAGAAACAGUCCGCCGUCAAGAUUUGCAGGAUUUCACUUUAUUUUGAACACGCGUGGGCUAUCGGAACCGAGGAGAAUUGAUUACAAAAAAAAAGGAAAAUGUUAAGUGUAAUCUUGGACUCGGUGUUCGCAGUGCUGUUGGUGUGUAAAGCGGCGACAUCGCAGUAUUCCAGUAACCAGUGCAGCUGGAAGGGAAGUGGAUUAACGCACAAUGCUCACUCCAGAGAUGUAGAACAAGUGUAUUUGCGCUGUUCUGAAGGUUCACUGGAAUGGUUGUAUCCUACUGGAGCCUUGAGAGUUAACUUAAGAACCAAUAUAGCAACAUCCUCUUACAAAGACUUGACUGUCUGCAUAAAGCCUUUCAAAGACUCCAAGGGAGCUAAUAUUUAUUUGGAAAAAGUUGGUGAUCUGAAACUCCUUGUGAGCGAAGAGGACCAUAUCCCAAACAAGGUGUAUUGCUUUGGCAUGGACCAGGGAGCACUCUUUAUUCAGGCCACCCCUCAGAUGGACAUAAGCAGAAAAAUCACUGGCUUCCAGUAUGAAUUAUUUAAAGACAGGACUGUUGCAGAUUUACACAAUACACCAGCUUCUUGUCGCCCGUGCAAUGAUACAGAAGUCCUGCUCGCUGCCUGUGCUAGUGAUUUGGUGGUCAGAGGAAGCAUUCGUUCGGUGUCACAUGACCUGCAGCAGGAAGAAUCAACGAUAGAUAUAUUUGCUGACAAGAUUUACAGACAAAAGAGUAAAACGUUCCAGCCAAUUGGGAAGAGCGGGAAAUGGUUGGGACACAUAAAGACACUGCUACAUUGUGGAGUCAAGGAAGGAGAAGGGGACUUCCUCUUCACAGGCAGCAUGCACUUUGGUGAGGUCCAAUUAGGCUGUGCACCCCGUUAUAAGGACUUCAGACGGAUCUACAAAGAAGCAAGAGAGAAAGGAGAAAAUCCUUGUGAAUUGUCCACAGAUUGAGACCAUUCUUUCACGAUUGGUUACCAAGAUCUAGAUAAAGAGAAUGGAGCGAAAAGAACACUAUCCCAUAGUGCACUGCAUUUGAUAUGUGGUACUGAUGGAACUAAGCAUUAUGCCACUUUAUUAGAGCUCUGUGUUGCUAGGCAAUGGUACAGAAUUUCAGCUAAACUUAAAAGGACAAAACUUAAUUUGUUUCUCUUCAGAAUGAUCAUUGCUAUUCAAGAUUGCCAUGAAAAUAUCAAUACUAAUGAAUUUCAAUGUCUUAAAGAACGUGAAUGUAGCAUAAACUUGUAUAUGUUGUACAGAUGUUCAUUGUGAUGACUAGAAGUUGAUGCUUUGUAAUGAAGCUGAUGUACAGUGCAAGUAUUUCUUACCAUAGAAAAUUAUGAAGACAGAAUGUUUCUGGGAGAAUGUACAGUCUGAGCUAUUGUCAGCCCCUUUAAUUGGUAAUAAAACCAUUCCAGAGAAAUAUCUAUCCCUGGAUCAAACACA